AAAAUACGAAGCACGAAGCAGCUCUCAACUCCUUCCCAAAUUAUCGUGGUUAUCUUUAGAUCUUUAACACACUCAGAAGCUACAUACAGUAACUCGUCAAGCAUUUAGGAAGUUUCGGACUACAAUAUGCUAGAAAUUACAGAGUACAUAAACUUAGAAUGGACUUCUCGGUCCCCUCGACAAUUCCCAUAUCAUCAAUAUUCUAACCAUGAGUCGUGAACCAUCUGUCAAGGACGGUAAAAAGCCAGCUCAGGAGCCUUGUGACCAAUCACCUGAAAUCAAUGGCCAUACAACUCUCCUUCAACAUCAGACAGCCAUCGCCGCGCUCGCGAGCCUGCCGUUGAAGACCGUCAUCUCAGUCUUCCGCCAUCAGUGGCAUAAGGAUAAGGCCCGGCUCACCUUCGCGCAUGCCGAGCAGUACAUUCAUGAGUAUGAUCUACCCACUCCCAAGACCGAAUGGCCGAACUUGAACAAAUACCGACCGCGUCAUUAUGAGGUCCAUAGCUUCCAGCUGAGGCAACUAAAGGAAGAUCUUGUGUGGCACCGAGAGAAGUUUAUCAGGUUAUACUUGGAUUCCCUCAUCGCCUCUACUCGUCUCCCGAAGAAAGAUCCCGUCACGCAGUCACAAAUCCGCAGUAUUCGGAAAUCUUUCACUAGCGAACUACGAAUCAGCCUUCCGAAAGACCUUGCCAAAGUCUACUACGGCAAGGUCCCCGCUUGCAUGGACGCCGCCAUCGAUCCCGGGGAGUUCAAAGAUCUGGUCGAUCACUUCGGAGCCGAGAGACACCCCAUGAUCCUUGCCGUUCCCAUGACUUUGCAUUUGUGGAGCGUACACCAAGACUACCCAGACCUACUCCCCAAGAAUCCGGCGCCGUGGGAUUGGACUAUGCCUGCAGAUGUCAUCGAGGCUAACCAUUGGAAGACCAAGGAAGAUUUGUUUUAAGGGGCAUGACUGGUUGUGAGAUAGCAACGAGAAUCACGGAUUGGGAUGGCUUUUUCUGGUGUUGAAAGACGCAAUUCAGUAUGAACAGGAGUGAAGUAUAUUAGGAAAUAGAAUUAUCGUAAACA